AUAAGACGAAGAAGACAGAAUCCGGAAAAUAUGACAAAAUGGCGGAAUGUGAAAACAACCACGACAACAGACUGUUGUCAAAUUCAGACACCGUGCAUCCUAACUUAUCCGAGCUGCUAGAUCGCGGGUGGAAGAUAUUUGAAGAGGUGGACAGUACCAACCUUCCCCUGGGCUCUAGCAGCAUCCAGGUGGGAGUGAAACGUGGCAUCGGCAUGUUAGAAGAAGCGUCCACAAUGGUGGCUCAGCUCAACCUGUUCAGUCGUAACGAGGAGCUGGAGGAGGUCUCCACAGCGGACCUGAAGUAUCUGCUGUUGCCCGCUCUCCUAGGAGCUCUUACCAUGAAGCAGACGAACAGAGACAAACGACUUCAGAUAGUCCAGACAGCCCGGGCUUACUUCAUGGACUUCCUGAGGAGAUGUAAAGAUUAUAACAUAUCACACAUUAAAAUGCCAGACCCUAGUUGUGUCGACGCUCCAGAAAAUGGAUCCGCUGCGGCCAAG